AUGACCAAGCCGGUCGGCUGCGGGGGCCUCGACGACCCCGCCGCGUUUGUCCGCGGGCUCGCCGCCCCCGAGGACCUGACCCGCGGGCUGCGCCGUCUGGGCCGCGUCCUGGAGGGCGGGCCGCCCCCCGCUUGCGCGAGUGUCCGCGCGUGCCCCUCCCUCCUCGCCGCCCUGGACCAGGCCUUCCCGCGGCUCAACGCCGAUGGACGUGAGGCCCUCGUCUUCGUGCUCGGCCUUCUGCUGCAGGUGGCCACCCCCACCCCCGCGGCUCCAGUCUCCUCGCCCAUUCCUGUUCCUGCAUCUGGUAAGAUGCUAUCUAUGCUAUUUGCAGAGGCACACAGGUAUCUGUUGGCAGCCGCCGACCAGGAGUCGCGCUGUGGCCGGGUUGCCCUUCUUGUUGUCGAACGUCUGGUGACCAGCCAUGCAUGCUUCUGCGAUGUCUCAGAUCUCCCCAUCGACCAGGUGACCAUGGAUCUUUUGUCAACAGUUGCCUCCACGUCUGCCCUUUCAAGCUCUGUCAUACGCCGGUUAGUUGAAAGUUGUUGCACCAUCCUUGGUGUCUCGACACUCUACUCAAGAGUAUCGUUUCCGGCUGGAAAGGAAAUCGGAAUACCAUAUGUUCCAGGGUUUGAUAUGCAAGGGAAGGAGGACAUCAAUCAUCUAGGAGCAGCCGGUACCGAUUCACUUGUCUCCCUACUCAAUGGACGCCUGAAUGUCAACUCUACCAUGGAGGCCGGCCCUUUGAUAGAUACUGAAGCCGUAGAUUAUUUACUCGAAUGCAGAGACUUUCUGGAGCAAGUUGUUCGCCAGAGUAGUGGAUGUUUAGGUCUAGCUUCUUAUGAUAGCUUUCAGACACUUCUGUCGCUUUUAGACAUAAUACGCCUCUCUACAGAACAUCUCACCGAUGCAAUAUCUCGAAAAGAGUAUACAGAGGCUGGAUGUAUGGGUGUUUGCAUUUUCCUUCUUCAACAUGCAAUCAGAAUGCAGCCGAAUAGGUCGGGCCAAUUCGGAUUCACAGGGUUUAUAAUAAAGGAUCAAGAAAAACACAUUGAAGAAUUACUGAACGAAGGUGCACGAUUUAAUAUUUCCGUUAGUUGCGAUGAUAUAGUUUCACACGGAAUAUUUUGGCCGGGCUAUAGGAGCGGCUUGCUUACUAUAAUUGCACAACUGUUAGCAUCAUGUCCAGCAAGCCAGGAGACGCUUCGAAUUCUAGAUGGCCUGCCUUCUAUUGUGAUACACUGCUCGGGAGAUUUUGGUUGCCCGGGUGCUCGGGAGUGGGCACUAUAUGCUAUAAAGCUGGCUACAGAUUUCAAUGUGAUGAAUAGAGCAGCCCUCUCCAAGUUGGUCACCAACUUUUAA